GUUGGCACGGUGCGCUGGGGCCUGGAGGAGGCGCCGCGCGGCGGGGGAGACAGAGGGAGGCUGCCCCUGGCAGGUUUCUGAAACAGAUCGUGAGCUUCAUCCAGAGAAUUCAACUGGAAAACCAAGACUGGCAGAUUCUUUUUCUGCAGACAGUAGGCAGAAGCCAAGCAGAGGCCAGGGAUUCUUGGAAUCUUAUCUUCCCUUUGGAGGACACUAAGUUCUAUUUGAAGACAAAGUUCAAUAUGGCAGCAGGACUGAAGGGACACGAAGGAGUCAUUACGAUGACUUGGUGACAGUUCUUCAAACGACAGUGUCAUAGGGAAAGGUGGAUCAAGGAACUCCUGAACUUUUGGGUUGCAUUAAGUGAGAAAUCAGCAUGGCUCAGGUAAAAUGCUCUAGAGUCCUCCUCCUUCAAGAUCACUGGGAAGCCUGUUUGCAGUUUCAUUCUUGAAUGCUGCCUUAGUCAACAUAUUGACCAACCCCAGUGAGCCAAGCUCUGUAUUAAGCACCAGGGGGAGAUCUAGAGGAAGGAAAGGAGACAGGCCACAGCUCCUGCCUUCAGGGAGCUUCCAAUCAAAUGAAGGAGGCAAGUCUCCUGGCUUGUGAAGGCCUAGCAGGUGUGAGUUUGGUUCCCACUGCAGCCAGCAAGAAGAUGAUGCUGAGCCAGAUUGCCAGCAAGCAGGCUGAGAAUGGCGAGCGGGCGGGUAGCCCUGAUGUGCUGAGGUGCUCGAGUCAGGGCCACCGAAAAGACAGUGAUAAGUCCCGGAGCCGCAAAGAUGAUGACAGCUUGGCUGAGGCCUCUCAUUCAAAAAAGACUGUUAAAAAGGUGGUGGUAGUAGAACAAAAUGGUUCUUUUCAAGUAAAGAUUCCCAAAAAUUUUAUUUGUGAACACUGCUAUGGAGCCUUUAGGAGCAGUUACCACCUCAAGAGGCACAUCCUUAUUCACACCGGUGAGAAGCCAUUUGAGUGUGAUAUAUGUGAUAUGCGCUUCAUCCAGAAGUACCACCUGGAACGCCACAAGCGUGUGCACAGUGGUGAAAAGCCUUACCAGUGUGAACGGUGUCAUCAGUGUUUUUCUCGGACAGAUCGAUUACUCAGACACAAACGGAUGUGCCAAGGGUGCCAGUCCAAGACUUCCGACGGGCAGUUUUCUCUAUAGGCGCAAGGGGCCCUGGGUGGUGGGAGUGAUCAGAAGAAUCUACCGAAGAGCGCACCCCCUCUGGUCUGAUGGUCCCACCACCGCCCCGUCUGAACCUGUCCCCCUCCUGGAGGAGUGGACCCAGGAGACCAGAAGAGUGCAUCAGGGGACAGUGGCCCCAGAGCCUUAGCUCUGUAAAUAAUCUGAGACAAUGAGUAUCUCGGGCAAGUUCCUACAGCAUUCCUGGGUAGGGAAGCUAGUCCCUGGACCCAUGGCUGAGGUCAUAGGUGGGGACUCAAGGUACAGGACCAAGACUGAAGUGUGGCUCCCACAACCUUGGACUCCAACUGGCAGCUGAAAUGGAAAAGAUUGGGGAAGGGGAUUUGUUUGUUUUUUCUGUUCUUGUUUUUGUUUAUCCAAAAGCAAUUUCAGCAGGUAAACUGGAUAUAGGUAAUCUGGAGGCAUAGAGUCCUGGUCCAAAGCAAGGACUAUGACUGGUCCAGCCCUCCCCUAAAAUUUAGAGUUUUUAGUUGCAAUAGAUACUCAGUGUUCCACAGCCCUGCACCUCACCUCCUAUUUGAGGGAAAGUAGGAUCAGGGAUGGCAGUUGAACUUACUUUCGUCUCCUUAUACACUAGGGACAAAAGGAAAAAUAGUGGGAGGAACAGACAAGGGCUGGAUCCAAGAAGAGUGGACAAUACCUCUUUCUUCCUCAGUGGAAGAGCAAGAGUUGUACCCACGGGUGUAGUAAUGGCCCAUGCCACAGUGUACCUGAUGGGGUCAGCUCAAGUGCCUUUUGAGGAAACUUGAGAUUGGCCCAUAAAGCCCUUUCCUUCUCUCUUUGGGCAGUUGGUCUUGGAGAUAGUUUGUGGCUACCUCACUGUCAUUGACUCCUUAAAGCCAGACAGAGGUGUUGAGCAGGGAGUCAUGGAUGUCAGAGGUGGGGUUCUCUCUCCUUGUGGCCUCUUAGGAACAACCCAAGACUAAUCCAAAAUUGGCUAACACCUAUUCAGGAAGCAAAGGAAUUUGGAGUCCCCUGACAUGAGAGUUGAGCAGUAGGAACUGUUCUUCCUGCCCAAGUCCUAUCACUGUAUUCAGGUAGAGGAGAUAGGGGUCUGGCCUUUGGUCCCAAAGAACAAGAUCUUGGCUUCCUGCUUGAUGGCCAUCCCUACCCAUCAAAGAAUGGAGGGAGGAGGGAUGCUGCAGAGAAGGGACUGAAGAAGAAACCUAAUGUAGGUUUUAUUCUUAACCAUAUUCUUUACUCCUCUCUGCUCCAACAGCACCACUCUGUCUACCCCCAAAAAAGUGAUCAGAGGAGGUGUGUGUGUGUGUGUGUGUGUGUGUGUAUAAGUGUGUAUGUAAGUGUAAUAUGUGAGUGCCCAUGUGAAACAGCAUAUUAUUGAGCCAAACCCUUCUCUGGCCCUCAACUUAGUGGGGAUGAGCGUAAAACAACCUCCUCCUUCCCAAACCUAAAGGGUGCUUGAGUCCCAGCAGGAGCUGAGGAACUCAAUUUUGGGACUAGGAGGACUUUGUUUUGGCAGAGUUUUUUUUUUUUUUUUAGACUGAUUCAACAUGCUAGUGGUUAGGGUGUUUCUAACCCAAGCCAGGACUUGUGAAAUGAAUUCCUAAGGUGAAAUAAAAACCUUCUUUCUUCAGCUAAAGAAAGGAUCCUUAUGGGAGGUUGUGGGGUUUGAUUAACCCCCACUGUGGCCUGCCCUGACCUGUGGCGGGUGGGGAAGCUGGCUUAGGCUUAAUCAUGGAGACUUGGUGAACAUGGGUACCAAGCUGUUAGUGGGGAUCUGAGAUGGCAACCUCCAGGAAGUGUGAUUUCAUUUCUCAGAAAAUGUAGGGAAUAGGCGGCAGUGGCAGCAGACUCCUAGCAGUAACCUGUUCCAGAGGGGAAAAGGGGGAGUAUGGGUC